CGCCGUUUCUGCCUGUCGUAUCGUCCUGAAGUUCGGAUCCCGGCGAACUUCACGUUUCGGGAGAUAGUAUGUCUUCUUCCAAGGGCGAGGUGGAGCCAACAGGGACCUCCAGGAAGGAAUCAGGAAAAGAUUCCACGAGGCGGUCGUCUAAUGCCACGAAGGGGUGGUCGAACCAUUCGAGGUCGAAAUGGUUCAUCGACUGGUGUUGUGGAGACGCUUCCAACCCCACCGCACAGCCAUGUGGUCCUUUCAUCUUCAUCGAUGACAGCAGAAGGCGUAGAGUGCUUGGUGCUGUCUUGCGGUGGGAGGACGCAAAGGGGGGCCGGCGACAUUUCUAUUUGCAAAAGGUUUAUGGCGCCAAGGGCAACGUCGUUGCCAAUUCGAAAGGGACGUUGAUGGACCUCGAAUUGUGUGAGGGGUUCAGAGCGGGUGUUGUGAACACCCCGUUCUACAGAGAACUCAUUCUCGGGGGCGGUUUUGUUUUGGCGCGUGAAUUUUUCGACAUGUUGGAGGACAGGAACAUCGCUCUCGACGUCCCCUGCGACGUCGGCCCCUCCCUGGAGCUCUCGUUACCGUUGAGGUUGUGCGGCGGUUGUGAAUCAAGCGGGGCAGCGGCGGAGGGCGAUGAUCUGGGUUUUGGUCCCGCCACUCACCUGCACCGUGGCGAGAGCGGAGGUCAGUUCGACGACAGCGAGGAUGAGGGGCCUGCUCCGCCGUUGAGUGACACGCGGCGGUCUGUGUUGUCUAUUCCUGGGGUUCAGACUGACGCUCCGGUUCAGCGGAAGAGUACGGAACCUGCAGGAGAGGUGGCGGCCUUUUCGGAGGUCAACUUUGAGGCGAGCGAGGGACAGAGUGUAGAGGAGGUAACCGCCGGAGGCCUGGGCUCGCAAGGGGCUCCACAAAAGAGGAGGGGGGAUCGUCCAGACGAGUUCGCCGGUUCUACGAAGAAGUUAAAGAGCAAGGCCCCCAGGACUGCGGGGGAGAAACGCAAGGGGACCGAGGGGGAGCAGGGCCGGCAGGUCUUGAAGUGGCGUGAAUUCUGUAAUGUCGCGCUCAACAUGACACCGCACAACAAUUUGUGGAUUCUCGCAGAUCAAAAGGGCGAGGAGGCCAUCAGGAAACAAGGCGCUGCCCUGCGUUCCUAUUUUCCGCUGGCGAUGGUAGGGGAGAACGUCUGGAAACUGGCCGUCGAGUUUUUCGAGAAAUGGGAGACAGGCAGAUUGCUUGAACACGACGGCGCAAAGUGGAUCAUGCGGAAGAAGAAAGUCAAAAACGUGAAGCCUGGGGUUGCCUACAUCGACAACGACAACGUCCCGGUGGACCCGCCGACAAAGAAAGGCAAAAAGGAGAAAGAGGAGGGCGAGUGGUUCGUGCAAGUGCCAGAGUCGGAUGCACAUUGUUGGAAAACGAUGGAGUCGCUGACCGACAAUGAGAAGUGCCGCGUCCUAAAGAAGGUCAUCGCUUGCGAGGUGGUUUGGGUCCAGGCCGGCUCCCUAGCGUUGGCGAAGCUCGGAAAGCUGAGCGUCCAGGAGAUGGUGCAUUUGGUGAAGUGCGACCGGGUGCUGGUGCGUCUAUGGAACUACUACCAGUUCAAGCACGACAAGAGGCCGGACGCGGAUUGGAGCCAGAGGUGCCCUUUCCUGAAAUCAAGGAAAUACGUCACUGACUCCUCGCUGUUCAAGGACUGCCCGCCGUACAUGGGCUGCGACGACGACAAAUCGAUCGAGGCGACGGAGAAGUUGGCCGGUCACAAGAAGUUGUCCGUCGACUGGAGGAAUAAGGUCUUGUCCGUGUUGACUGGCAGUAGACUGAAGAGUCGAGAGAUCGCGCUCGCCGAAGGCAUUGUGCACAUAAAAUGGAAAAAAUACGAGCCACAUCCCGCGCAGCACGCUACAGGGUCGUCCUUGGCAGGUCCGUCAACAAGCCCGGCGUCCCUCGUGUCACCGAUUGCGAAACCGGCGCCUGACACUACCCCGAUGAAGUUGCUGAAGAGACUGCAAGCUCAGGCCUCCGGCCAUCGCUCACUGCAUCCCAGGUCUCACAUCCCGGCCGAUCAUCUGUCUUGGAAGGAUGCCAACAUUCACUUCCUGCCUAAGCCUCAAAGUCGUUCCACGGAGGCAGACUGGGGCCAUGACAUGAUUUGGCAUCCAGGAGUCAUCCAACCGGCGAUCCAAAAGGGUGAGUGGAUCGUGGCCGUCGCUGUCCCGGACGGAGGAUGGAUGCCCCUCCCUCGCGGGUCAAAGUCUGACUUCCUCGACGUCGCUAGAAUUGCGGUCCUCCAGAAAGUAAGGGCCGGGAAUGACUCUUUCGCACCCGGAGACAUGUCCGUCAUUUCCACAGUCGGGCGAUUGUUCGCCGAACUUCAGGACAAGUGCUGGUUGGAGCUGACGGAGGACUACUACGACCUCGAUACGAGCCCCUCGAAGGGAAGGGUGGACUGGAAAAUCCCCCCUCCCAGUGGGAUGCAUGUAAGUACAGGGUCCCGGGGACCGGACGGUGGGGAGAACGAGGGCGACGAGGCUGGGGGCGGCAAAGGAGUCCCGCCUGGUUCGCAGGGCGGGUCUCACGGCGACACCACGACAGCGGAAGGCAGCGGCGGGGUGCCGGGGGAGGCCUUUGGGCAGCGAACAAAGAGGACGGACACGCAGAGCUGGUCAAGAGCGGGGGUGGCGAGUCGUGAUCCCAAAAUAGACAGCGGUGCAGUGAGGGACGGGACUGCGCCGCCUGUGGGGGAUUGCCAACCUCUUCGGUCGGAGCGAGGGGGUACGUGUGGAGGGCCCGGCGACAGGGAGACGGCGAAGUUCGCCGGGAUCCGAACUUCUUCAGGCAAGGGGGGCCAACCAGGGAUUGUGGUGCCGGCGGGAGGGGCUGCGUGCGGGGGGCAGCAAGGGCAUUCGUCGGAAUUCGACACGGGUUCGGGCGAAGUGGCUGGAUUGCAUGCACGGGAAGAAGGCAGGGUGAUGGACAAAGAGAAGGAAGGGGAGGAAGGAGACACAAGGGAGGAAUUGGAGGAAGGAGGGGACGAAGGGGAGGAAGAAGAGGAUGAAGGGGAGGAAGGAGAGGAAGGGGAAGAAACGGAGUUGUCUGGGUUGCUAGGAGGGAAGGAGGGGGAAAAAGGUGAACUCGAUAUUGGAGAUGACGAACGGACGUUCGGCGACGACGAUGACAGAUCUGGGGAGUCGUCCGACUGAUUCGGGCAGCUGUACGGAGAACAUCGCGAGA